AUGAAGGAGAAAGCGGUCUACAAUGCCGUCACACUGACAGAAGAUCCCGUGGCUUUUAAACGUCUGGUGGAGUAUCUUCACACCGAAGACUUUGCUGACAAAUCGACCUACACGAACAACGAAAUUGUCACUAUUCUCAAACUGGGACAUCGCCAUUGUCCCCAAAAAGUAAGCGAUGAUAUGAGAAUGAAGCUUUUAGACAGAGGUCUCCGGCUGACAAAUGCAUAUCAAAUGCUCAACAAUGCCAACCAGUUUGGAUUAUCUGCAUUGAAAGACAUGGCGACGGCUUACAUUGACGGAGUAAACCGAAACGCGGAGAUGUAUCUGAAAAGUGAAGACUUUUUGGAAUUGGAGGAAAAUUGUUUAGUAAACUUGCUACAAUCGGACGACCUCGCUUGCCCAGAGAUCAAAUUGUUUGAGGCGAUUAUAAGGUGGGGGAAACGCAAGCAAGAAGCUGUUCCUUCUUCGGCUAGUCUUCGAGAUAUUCUGGACUCUGCAAUUUAUCAAAUCCGGUUUCCACUAAUGACACCGUUACAGUUAUCGACUGUAGAUGACUCUCAGGUCCUGACCAGUGAAGAAAUGAAGGGCUUAUCGGCCUACGUAAGCGCAGGUAUCGGCCUACGGCGCUUCAUUUCCAGACCUCGUGCACCUGCAAUCAGUCAGCAAGACGAGGAUGACGAGGGGGAGGGCGUCGAUCAAACGAAUGAUGACAUCGACAUUGAUUAUAGCAUUGUCAAAUUCGAAUCUCCGAUGCUCUUCGAUACCUCCCGCAGUGCAACGCCACUCAUUAAUUUCGUCGAUGACUCUAUCAACCGUGACGACGAUUUCAUGGUUCAGAUUAAAAAUGAAGACCAAGCUGUCAACCUGGUUUCCCAAACGUGGCAUGAAAUGCUGGAGAAAGCUGGACAAAUUCCGAAAACUACGACCGGACUUAUCCUUAUAUGCACAGUAGAAACGGAUGCACAGCUACGAGGGAAAAUUAUUUCUCGCGUUUCGCUCCCCCACUUGAAAAAAAUAGAGUUGGACUUGCACAUUCCUCCCAAACUGAAAUCAAAACCCAAUGCGAUUCUUCUCCAGCGGAAAAAGUACGACGUUGAGAAGCAUUUGUUUUUCAAGGAGGACAGAGACGACGACGUUAACAUCGACUGCAAAGUUAUUAUGAAUGGGUGCACCUUCUUAAAAUGGUCGCCAGCUGAGGAGGAGGUGAUCGUGGGGUUUGGUGGUCGGCAUUCUGAGCCGUUCUUGGAACGAUUGAAGGACAAGAAUUUCAUGGAAAGGUUCAACAUGCUGACCAUCGUGGACAAUAAACUCGCAAAUGUUCGUGGGACAGUUCCCGGAUUUCCGGUCAAAGAUAUCAUGCUGUGGGGCGUCGAUGACGAGUCGCCCUCCCUGCUCGGUGACUUCCUUUGGAACUUCGUCAACCUGGAAAGUCUCUCUUGCUGGACGAAGGGUCCCCCAAAAAAACUGGCAGACAAGCAUUCUCCAAUCAGGGAAAUCUCGGUCAUCGACAUCAACCGCGAUUUAACUUCCGGUUAUAAAUUGGUCAAGCUCUCUGUCUGCGAGGCCGCCCUGGUCGUCCAUCCCGAAGACAACAUUGCCAACAUCGUGAAACAUAAUUUAACCGAAUUUUACACUACCAAUUGUCAUUUCUCUCCUGAAAUUUAUGCUCAUUUUCACGAGAUGUUUCCAAAAUUGAGAAAGGUUUCGUUUGGACACAAAAUACUGGACCAGUCAGCUCUUCUCUUUGAACAAGAAAAUGAAAAGGCACCUAAGAGGAGGAAGAUUUCCCCCGAAGAGGAGACUCUGAUGUCUGCUCAAUCAGUCCAAUUAGUAAACAAUAUUCUCAAGAUUAAGGAUAUCGAAAUGAUCCGAAUUGCGUGCUUGGAUUGGGACUUGGGCCCCAAAAGUAGGAGUGUGAAGAACAACGUGAUGGACUUUCUGAAACGGGCAGGUUGGACUAGGAAAUACCCCCCGUCGGAUUUUCUCGUAACGAAGGACGCCACGACGGGUAAAUGGGAAAUGGAUCCAGCAAUAAGUUCGGAAGGGCGAAAUGCGGAUGAGAACACGUGGGAGCAUGACAUGUACUGGGACUAUACGGACAAAUCGGAGUUCGAAUAUUUUGGACUGAGCAGGAUCUUUAAGGAUUUCGACACCUUUAAAAAUUACAAUGUGGUUUGAUGAUUAAUAGAUGAUUUUGAAUAUGUUGGCCAAGUAACUUUUGAGACUGGGUAAAAUUGUAUGUUUGUACUUUUUUUAGUGAACGGCUUAUAUGGUUGAGCUAAAUUUUUUAAAUUUAAGGUUGUUACAUACAUAUUUAUUAAUAUAAAAGGCGGUUCAUUUUCAAAUAUGCGUAUGUGUAUUACAAAUAAAUUAAAGUACUUCCAAUAUUUACCUUAGCGCAAAGUUUUAAUGUGAUGGCAUGACCUUCAAAAUUUGAGUAAACUAAUUUUUAAUUGAGGUUAAUUUUUUUCAAUGAACGAAGAAUCUGUAUUUACUAGCUUCAAGCUAAUCUCA